AACUCUUGUCUACGCCAAUGUUUUCCACACCGACAGAUAUCGGAGUAACUCCUUCCGCUCCGGUUGCAGGCAGCCUGUUUUCACGCACAGCUGCUAAGCUAACAACACUGAGAACUGUUAAAGAAGCAAUUUAUUUACUUUCCUUACAUUUUACUCCGUUUUACUUUAGGAAUACACAUAGUUGAAGAUGACUGACCGUUACAACAUCCACAGUCAGCUGGAGCAUCUGCAGUCAAAGUACAUUGGCACGGGCCACGCAGACACCAGCAAAUGGGAAUGGCUGGUUAACCAGCACAGAGACUCCUAUUGCUCCUACAUGGGCCAUUUCGACCUUCUUAAUUACUUCGCCAUCGCUGAGAACGAGAGCAAGGCUCGGGUCCGCUUUAACUUGAUGGAGAAGAUGCUGCAGCCGUGUGGUCCGCCAGCUGACAAACCUGAAGAUGCUUAGGGUUGUUUUGACUCUGGAUGUUUUCUGUUCAUUCGGUGCUGGGAGAUCAAAUAUAGAGACCCUGGACACAUGGGGGGUUGUGGGUGCUCUUUAAAUCCUCUUGUUUGUGAACCAGUCAAUGUUUUUUUUUUAAUUUUUAAUACUUCUUUUUUGUGGCAUUUUGUAUAGAUUGUUGAAUCACAUGUGUCUUUGAAGAAAAUAAAUUUGAUACCCUAUCACAAA